UAAUUGAAAAACAGAAGAAAAUGAACGGGAUUAUCGCUUACACUCUGCUGAUGGCUCUGUCCUCUGUGGUGGCACAAAAUGAUACCAAGGAAGUUAUACAAGUCGUCUGGAUGGUGCCUUUUUCGUCACACAAGGACAACAUUUUUCCGUAUAAUGCGUCUUCCUCCGUGGCUGCGAUGGCUUAUGGCAUUGAAACUGUGAAGAAUGAAUCGCUUCUUCCAAACUACGUACUCAACCUCACAAUGGUAAAUUCUGAGUGCAAUAGUAAACAGAGUAUCGGAGCCCUGGUAGACUUGUUGUGCGAUCAGCCUAUAGACGUCCUCCUUGGUCCGCCUUGUCCUGAAGUUGUCCAGCCGGUGGGUGAGUUGAUGGCAUACUACAAUAUUCCAGUCAUAAACUGGGUGUCCUUACAGCAAACCAUAGAGAAAAAAGACGUGCUUUCUACCUAUGUACGGACUAUGACACCUCUGUCCUCAUUAAAGGGACUUGUGAACACAUUUAUAACAAGCACCGGAUGGAAACGCUUUGUGAUAAUCAGACAGAGUGAAGAUGAGUAUAAAGCAGGUGCAGAUAUAGUGGAAAACGGUAUCAACUCCUACCGAAACGCUGGAUGGAGCGUGGCCCGCACGUACAGCCUGGAGGACCAUGAUGAUGGCGAGAUGCUCAAGUCCAUAAUGCAUGAAGGACGAAUCGUCUUCCUGUUUGUACAUGCUUCAACGCUUCGACGUUUGAUGAUAACAGCACAUAAUAUGAAUAUGACAAAUGGAGAGUAUCAGUUUUUGUACACUUAUACCAAGGUAGCUACGGGAUCAAUGUACAAGUCAUUUUUCUCAGACAGAUGGUGGAGAAAGAAUGACACGUAUGAUGACAUAGCGAGACAAGCGUUCGAAAAUGUUCUCAUUAUUACGCUCGGCCAACACGUUAAGCCAGCCGCAGAUUGGCAAGACUAUGCUCUCAACUCUUACAAUAAUUUGUACAGGCUCCGCAGUGACAUCCCGGAACCAACUACGAUUCCAGAUGAAUACUCUGGUUACUUGUUUGACUCAAUAAGACUUUAUGCUACGCUUCUUAACGUAUCACUGAGGGAAAACAAGACAAAAACCGGAAGAGAUUUGGCUUGGGUUGUAACGAACAAUGCUACACAGAUCCAAUUUAAAGGUCUAACUGGUGAUGUGAUUAUGAGCACGUCAUCAUUUGACAGGAUGCCGGCGUUCUUUGUUCUGGACAUGGAUAAAACCGGAACGUUUGAUAAUGUUGCUUAUAUCAUAUUUAGAUUCAAAGAGGACGGAAGCUUAGAUACGAAGUCAGACUUUAAAACCAUUCGGUGGGGCAAUGGAAGAAAUUCGUCAAACCGCUAUUUUCCACCCGAUACACCAAAAUGUGGAUUCUUCGGAGAUCUUUGCCCUUCUUCUCCUCCGCCGCCCACACUACCGGAACAAAAUUCCAACGAAGUAACUAUUAUAAUAACCGCCUGUAUAGCCCUAGUAACUGUGCUUAUCAUGUUUAUAGUAUACAGAUGGUGGAGAAAGGAACAGGAUUUGAAGAAUACCGCCUGGAAGAUUAACCCUAGUGAUUUGUUCUUUGUCCCCAAACAUGACUCCAUAAAAUUAUUGCCAACAAAAAGUUUAACGCGACGAAUUCAUCGUUUGCGAAGCACCUCUAGUAUAGAAAGCGCUGUGAGUACCCACAGCAGGAUUUUGUCGCACAUGCGCACUUUACCAAUUGGGUCUGACGAACACGGUCACGUGCUUACAAAUGUAGCGGAAUACAAAGGUCAAACGGUAGCAGUAAAGAAAUCGAGGAAAAAGAAAAUCAACAUUGACAGAAACUUCAUGCUUCUUAUGAAAAAUCUUAGUUCCCUAAAACAUUCGAAUGUGACGGCAUUCAUUGGUGUAUGCACGGAACCAGAGAAAGUGUGUUCAGUUUGGGAGUUCUGCAGUAAAGGAAGUGUCCAGGAUGUUAUUAAAAAUGAAGACAUCAAUCUCGACACCAUGUUCAAACUAUCAAUUACUGUUGAUAUUUGCCAGGGAUUGGAUUAUAUCCACAAUCCCUUUCAUUUCCAGGGAUUGGAUUAUAUCCAUAAAAGUCCAAUGAAGUACCAUGGCAACCUGAAAAGUUCGAACUGUGUGAUUGAUAGUCGAUGGGUUUGCAAACUGACAGAUUUCAAUUUGCAAAAGCUGAGACAUAUUGAAGAAAGUGUCGAAUACUUAGGAGAAGAUGUUUACUAUUCAAGACUAUUUUGGACGCCACCAGAAUAUCUGCGAAAAAUAUUAAGAAAAGAAGUAGUCAACGGCUCUGUACAUGGCGAUGUGUAUGCACUAGGCAUUAUCAUGAAAGAACUUGUUUGCAGAAAUGAGCCGUACAGUACUGAAACUGCGAACUAUACUCCUAAAGAAAUAAUAACCAAGGUUGCCAAACCGGUUUCUACUGCAUUAGUCUUUCGACCUGAGAUAUUCGACAAUGGGGUGGAUUCUGAAUAUUUGGUUCCAAACAUGAAGCCAGUCAUUCGAAGAUGCUGGGAAGAGAAUGAAGAUGCGAGACCACCCCUGAAAACUCUGAUUCGAACUCUAAACAGAAUAAAUCCAUACAAAAAAGCCAGUAUGGUAGACAACAUGAUGGCGAUGAUGGAGAAGUACACGACGAACCUAGAAGACAUUGUGACCGAGAGGACGGAACAACUCCAGGAGGAAAAACAAAAAACAGAUGCCCUUCUAUACAGGAUGUUGCCACCAAAGGUCGCAGAAGAUUUAAAAUUUGGAAGAUCUUUUCUGGCGGAAGGAUUUGAUUCCGUGACAAUUUAUCUGUCAGACAUUGUGCAAUUUACCAAUCUUGCCAAUGAAAGCACACCAAUGGAGAUUGUGAAUCUUUUGAAUGCAUUGUAUACCUUAUUUGACGAGUCAAUUAGUCCUUUUGACGUCUACAAGGUGGAGACUAUUGGCGAUGCCUACAUGGUGGUUAGCGGGCUUCCAGAACGUAAUGGAAAUGUCCACGUUCGUGAGAUUGCAGGGGUUGCCUUAAACAUCCUGAAUAACGUGCUCCAUUUUAUCAUACCUCACAAGCCCGAACGACAGCUCAAGAUAAGAAUAGGUCUGCACACGGGGCCUGUGGUAGCGGGUGUUAUUGGACUUGUUAUGCCUCGAUAUUGUCUGUUUGGAGAUACUGUCAAUACAGCCUCUAGGAUGGAGUCAAAUGGUGAACCCUUGAGAAUUCAUAUCAGUGAACAAACAAAACUAGCACUUGAAGAGUUUCCCCAAUUCGACACAGAUAAACGAGGGGAAAUGAUGAUAAAGGGAAAGGGUUUAAUGACAACGUACUGGCUUACCGGACAAAAAGAAAUACACACUGAUUUUGAGGAAACGCACGCUGAUAUGGCCAGUGAUUCCAGUCGUGAAAGUAAACUGAGUCUAGCGGACUCAGGGAUAGAUACUGGAAGACUAUCAAUGCUGCUGGACGACACAAUACAUGUACAUUCUACAUGCAACGGGAACGUCACACAAACAGAUGACUUGCAGGAUGACAUUCACGUUCAACACGGAUAUGAAAACAUUACAAAUAAUCAGAGGGAAGACAAAGGAAAAAAUCCACCUCAAGAGUCAAACCAUUCUUUUCACUCAAUGAAUUAUUUCAAGGAUGACAUUUCAAUUUUGUUUCCUGUACAUGAAGACAAUGAAUCCAGCUCAACUGAUGAUGAAGUAGAGCCUCCUGCUCCGGAAAAGAAGAGAAAGAGUUCGUCAUUCUUAAGUUUUAUUCAUCAUACUUAAGUGAUGGCAAUUUGGUAGCGCCUUUAUUCUUGUACAUGUAUAUUGGUUACCAGCGCGAAGAUUGUUGCUAAAAAUAGGCCCAUGUGAUGUGCAACGAAACUGUGUGUACAUGUUACAAGAAGUUUAUUUGUUAGCAUAUGAUAUGAAAUGGUAAAUAUUAUUUUAUGAAUUAUCUUCGAAAUUAGCUCUUUUUUUAGUACAUCAUCAACAUAUGAUUUCCAUUUGUUUAGCGACACACGUGCUUUUUUUAUUUAUGAAAUCAAUUUCGCAAAUAUACUUCACUGAUCAAGAUGAUGUUGACUCGAAUAAGUAUUUCGUAUUCCAGAAUAUCGUUUACAUUUAAAUUGAGAUUUUUUUAACAUUUAAAUGUAUUUUUUUAUUCUUAUUAAUUUGGCAUUAUUUUUAAAUAGGAACUCUAUGUGUGUGUGUAGCAUCUAGUACGUGACUUGUAAAAACGAGUAGAAGAUGGUAAGACUAGCUGAUGUAUAAAUUGAUCAAAAUACCUUAUUUGUUUAGUGAUCAAAUUAUCUGAUGUAUUUAAUGAUCAGAAUAACUGAUGUAUUUAGUGAUCAAAUUAGCUGAUGUAUUUAGUGAUCAGAAUAACUGAUGUAUUUAAUGAUCAAAUUAGCUGAUGUUUUAGUAAUCAAACUAGCUGAUGUUUAAGUGAUCAAACUAUCUGAAGUAUUAAGUGAUCAGACUAGUUGUAUUUAUCUUUUCUGUUAGUUAAAAUUGACCAUUUAUCGACAAAAAAUGCAGCAUCUUAUGUUGUAAUGCCCCCGAUGGGAGGUAUAUAGUUGUCGCACUUGCUGUCCGUAUGAACGUCCCUGCGUCUUUUACUAUUGUGUCUCCAUUGUAUCUUCCUCAAUCGUAUUCGAAGUUUGCUUAUACUUUACUGAAAUGCAUAAAAACAAGGGAAGAUGUGUUACAUUACAAUAAUGCUCUCGCUUCAAAGGUAAAUGAAAGCAACUAUAGCGCUGAAAGGUUGUUCACGCAAACAAGCGUAACCUUACUUCACUAUCCUGUUCACAGGCUAUAAAGAUCGAGUCCAAAAACACUUUUGAGUUACCCCAACCUUUAAGAGAUAACUGCCUGUCAUAACUUAAGAAUAGCAAAUGUAUGACCUUAGACCGUAGGUUGUUAGUUGAUGAAUGUUAAAUACAAUCAGCUGCUUAAGGUUAAUUUGAUUGAACCCGAUAUUGGCUGAGGACGUUUUGACUAUUUGUAUAAUGUAGAGGAGGACAAUACAUUUUCAUUUUCUGAGUAAAUAUCUAUUAUUAUCUAUUCCCCUCGGUUUCUGACCAAGAUUUAUUUUAAAUUAUACGGCUUGCUUUCAAAUUCACAUUAACGUUGCAAUUUAAUGAACGCAUUUAAAUAAAUUGGUCUUUUAUUUCGCACUUUUUUAAACCACAUAUUACAACACAUCCCUUUUUGAAACCACGGCACAUUUAUACUUGUCAACAUGUCAUGUCAAAAAGAAAAUCUGACUAUACCUGAUUUCGAUUUGCGGUACUUAAGGCUUCGGUCUACAGCCUAAAAAUGUUACACUAAGAGGUCGAUUGGCCAUCGCACCGACAAGACCGGGGCAUUUGUCACUUUACUAAGAAACAUUGCUUUUAUAUUUAGUGUUUUAUUCGUUUGACGAACUUGUGCACAUAACAUUAUUGUUCAUAUGCUCGAUUGUACGUUCACCUUAUUUGAAUCUGUAUAUACAAUAAUAUUAGCACAAAAAAACCUUAAAAGCGUGAAUUCCUAAGCAGACAUCUGAAUGCAAACCUCUUUAAAGAAACACCAAGUGAACUAUGUAUCGACAACUGUCGGUCUCCGUGAAUCUGAUUUUUUUUUAAUUUACUCAUAUCUAUAAUUAUUACAUAAAGAUCACUACCAUUCCUCCCUGGAAUGGGUCACACGUAAGCCUCAAUGCUUAGUACGAUUUACGUUUUCAUCUUACGGUAUUUUCACGAUAAAAACAAACACAAUAUUUUUUUUCAAUAUGUUUGAAAUGUGACAAUGUAUGCCGCUAGUUUAGUGUCUCCAUGGCCUUCUUUGUGCCUUUAAAAUAUAUUUUCUGAUCCUGUCAUUCUAGCUGCCAUUAUAAUAUAUUUGUUUCAACAGGAAUUAUCCCCAUAAUGAGUGAUUGUCAUUUAUAAGGAAUCAUCAUAUAAAAGAAUAAAGGACAACAACAAUAUUUUCCAUAUUAAGUUUGAAGAAGAUUUGGGAUCGCUUGGAAGUGAUCUAUAGUCUCAUCAUUAUAGUGUAUUCAACUGUCGUGUAUAAUCUUCAAAACAUGUUUUUUGUUGUUGUUGAUUUUUUUAUUCGUUUUUUUUCCCUUUUUUUUUAUUUCCGAGUAAUAUGAAUGAUUAUGCUCUUUUUUGUCUAUUAGUUGCUCAUAAAUACCGUUUAUUCGAAUGUAUCGCUUAUAUUGCAACACACUGCAGAUGCCGGAAGUAACAAAAACAUCAGAUGUCAUACGUUGAAUACAUCGUUGGUGUAAUACUUCCGCCAUUAUGAAUAGCAAGCAUUUUAUGUAUGCACAUUUUAUCAUUAAUUUUGACAUAAAUCAUUUGGGUAGCUUAUUUAUCACGAUUAUAUUAUGGAAACAUAAGAAUCCCUUACUAUUUGUGUGUUUUCCUUUGGUUUAACAACUAUUAUUGUGUGUGAUAUUUUUUAAUCAAUUUAUUGAGAUCGUUGAAUAGGAUGACAUACUAGCAGAAAAUGCAUCAAUCUGUAAACAAUUGUACAAACAUGAAACAUGUUUAAUCCUUAGCAAGAUUAUGAUAGCCAUGACGCAAUAUUUAUUUUCUUCAAAAAAUCGAUGGCUGUAUUAUUUUCGGAGUUUAAACUGGAACAGGUUUUUGAAAAAAUGAAACUCACCUUAAGUCUUAAAACAUACGAAUGAGGAAAUAGUCAAAAUGAUUUAUGGUAAUACGCACCUACUAUUGUAUUUUGUCUUAAAGUCUUUUAGGCAAUGUUAACAACGAUCAUAUCGUGCGACCGCUUUUCCAUGAAUUUGAGAACUUUUGUUCGUGUUUGAUUUGGAUGUGCCACCUUCACCAUCCUUCACUUUUGACUGCGUUCGGCGUUUCACGUACAAUGUAUUUAUAUUUGCGCAUCCAAGCCUCUGAUUGUAUGUGGUUUAAACAGGUUUAUAGUAAGAAUAUUCGGUCAUUCAUCUUUCUAUGAAUGUCACCUUCUUUACCUAUUUUUUUUAUCAAGUAUUUGCAAAGUGUUUGGUAAAAUAGAACUUUUUGUGUAUAUAAUUGCCUAAUAUGAAUACAUAUUUGCUAUCAUAAAUACAUAACAUAGUUUUGUUUUGUUUUGUUUUUUGCGUGACUGAAUAUGACCUUGUGUUAACCCAUCCGUUUUAUAAAAAUUAGAUAAUCUUUGACUCACAUUGUCUAUCUUAGAAUUUGUUUCCAAAUAUAUACCAUUUCAACGCAGGCAUACUGAUUUGAUAAGAUUGUUAAUAAGAAUGUCUCUAAACCGCCCCCCCCCCCCCUUAAUGAAUAUUCAAAAUAUAAUUAUUCUUGUUUUGUUUUAAUUUACCAUUGAGGGGGGAAACGCUGUCAUAUCUGCAAGUCUUCAACUUCUCGUAUUUUGACGCGGCACUCAUAAAUUUCGAAACCUAAUAUGCUUUCCUCAUAGCUGGUCUUGGACAAUUCACUAUAUACAUAUUAACUGUUGAAUGAAACAAACGCAUUUGAAGUUGUCAUUGUCAAGGAUUAUUUAUAAAAUAACAUUAUUGAUACUAACUAGAAGGUCAAGUACACGUUUUAAGCAUACUAUUAAAACUCCAGUUGUAAUUAAGACUCAUACAACAAUAUAGAUUGUUCAAAUAAAUGUGUAUAUAUAUUAUAUUAUUUUUUGAAGUUUUGCAUAAUUGUUGACAAGCAUAGCAGUUCUCAAUUAUUUAAUAACGGACAAGAAUUGUAUAGAUGAAUCAUAAACAAAAUAGAAAAAGAGAGAUACAGCAAUAUAGUUUGUUUAUAUUAUUUAUGAUUUAUAAUUAGUUUUUAGGUU